AUGGCUGAUAAUGGUGAUGUUUUCGGGCCUAACGGAACCGAGACGAGAGGCUUUAGAGAGUUUCUCCAUGCUACCUGUGCCGCCGGUCAAGCAGGGGCAACUCAGGCUCACAAUCUGGCCGAUAUUACCAAAAUGCAAUCCUUUGGUAUAACGCCCUUUCUCUCUCCCGGAGACCAAUGGGAGAGCUGGCAUGCGACAAUAACUACGAUGCUGGCUAGCAAUCGUCUCCACAACGUCAUUGACUGGUCAAAACCCAAGCCAGAACCGAGAGAUGUCAACGCCCAGCGUUGGUUUGAUGCCUCUUUGAAAGUCAAAGCUUGGCUGUUGAACUGCGUCGAUUGGGAGCUCAUUCGGGAGGUUGAAGCACGCGGAAAGCCGAUUGAUUUCGCGCACGAGUUCAUGAGAGAGUUAUGCGCGGUGGUAAACGGCGAGGGCAAUGCUGCUAUGCAAAAGGCGUACUUUGCCGUCGAGCGCUGUCGACGAAAUCACUUCAAAACAGUCACCAAAUAUCUGACAGAGAUGAGGCGACGUCUGCGCACGGCGCUGGACCUUGGCGUUCCCAUCACCCCGUGGAUGGUUUGGAUAAAGAUCCUGGAUGAACUGUCAAAGAUCCCCUCGCUUGACAGCGAUCUGGCGUUCUAUCGCCAUGACAUGAAUGUGCGAGAAAUCCCGACUGAUUUGACAUUGAUGGAGGUCUCUGGGUAUAUGACCACGUUGAAUACAGUGGUCGUCAAUCGAGGGCUUGACAAAGUAAAAGUCGUCAACAAACGGCGCUCAAACCCUGAAUUUUGGAAAGAGGAUGCCUUGGAAAAAUACUGA